AUGGAAAUGUACUUUUGGCACUCGGCUCAAUGGGCACUCUGGAAUAAUUGGGAUCUCCUUCGCCGCUCAUCAGAUGUUUAUUCUCGCUUCCUUCCUAGCUCUCUAUCUCGUGCACAAAUUCAACAAGGUUGGGCUUCAGGUGCUCGUUGGCCAAAGAUGACAGAUCCUUCUGGUCGUUCGUCACCCGGACAAAUCAACAACCUGCUAAUCUGGCAACAACCUCAUCCGCUUAUCUUUGCGGAAUACGAAUACCGUGCGUUCCCAACGGAGAAGACAUUAAGAAAGUGGGAAGAAGUCGUAAGGGAGACAGCUAACUGGAUGGCGAGCUUUGCGUGGUUCAACGAGACAACGAAUCGAUACGAUUUGGGCCCGCCAAUGUAUCCCGUCAGCGAGGAUACCAGUCCUAAUGUGACGCGGAACGCGGCUUUUGAGCUUGCGUAUUGGCGGUUGGGAUUACUCCAUGCAUCGAAUUGGAUGGAAAAAUUAGGGAUCGAUGUUCCAAAGAACUGGACUGUUGUGAAAGAUAACUUAGCGGAGUUACCGAUAGACAACGGGACGUAUAGCGUGUACGAGGGAAUCGAGACAAAUUUUUGGACAGAUCCGGAGUAUACAAACGACCAUCCCGCGUUGGUUGGGCUGUAUGGCUGGCUUCCUCGUACUGAGGGCCUCGACCUGGAAAUCGCAAAAGCAACAAUGAAACAAGUCUGGACGCAUUGGAAUAUAAGUAAUUGUUGGGGUUGGGAUUUCCCAAUGCUCGCUAUGUCUGCAGCUCGUAACGGGGCAACAGAGCAAGCAAUCGAGUGGUUACUGCAUCCAUUACUUAUCUUUGACGACGUAGGAAUGCCUGUUGGGGGUGUCAGGGUACCGACGCCAUAUUUCCCAGGUUCAGGAAGUUUACUGUAUGCAGUUGCAAUGAUGUCAGGAGGGUGGGACGGUAGUACCGGACAUGCGCCAGGCUUCCCGCUCGCGGGAUGGAAUGUGCGGGUGGAAGGAAUCAGUAAAGCUCUUUGA